GCGGUGGCAAUGUCUGGCCGCGGAGUGUGGCGGCGGGCGCGGGAGCGGCUGAGGCGGUUCCCCGCGGCGCUGUCGGGUUGCGGGGCUGAGGCAACCGCGUACGGGCGCUGCGUGGCCUCGGCGGCGGCCGGCACGGCGGAGCUGCGGCGGGACGCGUGUUUGGAGGAGUUCUGGGCGUUGCGGGAUUGCUUCGCUCGGCAGGUGAAGGCGACGGUGAAAUGAGACGAGAUGGAGAUGCUUCGGGAUAAUAAAAGCUGUCGAAUUCGA